UGAGUCCCGGUGCGCAUGCGCAGGCACGCCCCAACCGGAAGCGGCGCGGGGCCCAGCAUGGCGGCGGCGGCGGCGGCGGCGCCCGAAGGUGUCUCUGCGAGCCAAAGAGAGGAGCCGGUUAGAGACGAUGCCGCGGUGGAGACGGCGGAGGAGGCCAAGGAGCCCGCGGAGGCUGACAUCACUGAGCUCUGCCGGGACAUGUUCUCCAAGAUGGCAACUUACCUGACUGGGGAACUGACGGCCACCAGCGAAGACUAUAAGCUCCUGGAAAAUAUGAAUAAAUUAACCAGCCUGAAGUAUCUUGAAAUGAAAGAUAUUGCUAUAAACAUUAGUAGAAACUUAAAGGACUUAAACCAGAAGUAUGCUGAACUACAGCCUUAUCUGGAUCAAAUCAAUGUAAUUGAGGAGCAAGUAGCAGCUCUUGAACAGGCAGCCUACAAAUUGGAUGCAUAUUCCAAAAAACUGGAAGCCAAGUACAAGAAGCUGGAGAAGCGAUGAAACUUAUUCCUGUGGAACAAAGUCUUUUUUUAAUGUGGAAGAAUGAGACCUGAAUCCUGAGGCUGAUGAAUUGUCACAACUCCUCAGAAGGAAACCAUGCUGGCCGUCCCAGAAACAUCCUGCCAUUGGAGUAAACUGGAGAACUGUGGCUACUCCUGAAUUUCUCUUGGGGCAGUAUCCCUCAGAAACGCACACUUACUACCCCCUACCUUUUACUUGAAUGUUUAAUUAUCCAUUUAGGACACCAAGUCUCUCAAAGUUCAGGAUAAACGUGGGCUUUUCAGUCGAAUCAAAUGAGAGGGCUUAUUUUCUAAGUGGCUGGAUUUUGAGUUACUGUGUAAAUGGUUGUUUUUUGUGUUUAUUUUUAAUUGAGCUAAUGUAUUGCUAACAAGAAUCUAAAUUUAAAAGGGAAAAUAAAACAAACUUCUUCACAGUU